AUGAGGUUCUUAGCUGUAUGCUCUGUGAUAGCUUGCUUUUCCCUAGUGAGCUCGCUUCAAGUACAAAACACAGACCAUUUUGAGAAAAUCUUGACUAGAAUUAAAGGAAAAGGAUGGUUUAAUGACAGGUUCGAGGUGAAUCUCGAUCUGGGGUCUACUAUAUUUGCGCUGGACACGAGUGUCGUCGAUACUGAUAAAGGUGAUAAGGAAUGUCCUCCUUGUUUCAAUUGCAACCUCCCAAAUUUCGAGUGUACUCAAUUUUCCCAGUGUAAUACAUUUACAGGAAUGUGCGAGUGUCAGCCUGGGUUCGGUGGUCUAGACUGCUCAGAGCCGUUAUGCGGCUCGCUAGCUGAUGGAAACAACAAGAGACCAAAGAGAGACAAGAAGAAAGAAUGUAAAUGUAAACCUGGCUGGAUGGGCAUCAAUUGCAAUCUAUGUGAGCGAGACGAUGUUUGUGACGCAUUUAUGCCCGAGGGAGUCAAAGGAACUUGCUACCAAGAGGGGAUUCUUAUUAAUAACUUUCAUCAAAUGUGUGAUGUUACCAACCCAAAAAUUGUGGAAAUCCUUGCAGGAAAGAAACCACAAGCUACAUUUGCAUGUAAUAGGACUCUGGAAAAUUGCAAUUUUCAGUUUUGGAUUGAUCAACAGGAGUCCUUUUAUUGUGAUUUAAAUAAAUGUGUUUUGGACUAUGAUUUAUCCAAGAAUACGACUCAUUAUAAAUGUGACAAUGUGGCAUGUAAGUGUUUACCUGAUCGUAUGUUAUGUGGCCAAGAUGGAUCAAUUGAUAUUUCAGAGUUUUUAACAGAGACCAUUAAAGGCCCCGGUGAUUUUGUUUGUGAUAUUGCAGAUAAAAAAUGUAGAUUUUCAGAACCUAGUAUGAAUGAAUUGAUUCAGAGUGUAUUUGGAGAUCCAUACAUCACUUUGCUGUGUGCUGCUGGUGAAUGUGUCCACAAGAGCGAAAUUCCCGGGUACAAUUUACCUAAUGAUCCAAAACUUACUUUGGGAAAUAUAUUUCUGAUUAUUGGUGUCUUGUUUAUUUGUAUAUUAUUCGUGGCAACAGUAUUGAGGAAUGUAAAUGAGUCGGCUUUGUUUAAAAAGAGUGGCAACGGUUACGAAUCACUUCCAACUGAUGCUAGUGUUAUGAACCAGAACUUUGAACCAGCUACCUUAUCAUUUGAAAACAUCAGCUAUACCGUUGGGGAGAACAAUCGAGUAUUGAAUAACGCUUUUGGACUCGUGAACCCAAGAGAGUGUUUGGCUAUCAUGGGUGGAUCAGGGGCAGGUAAGACCACGUUGUUGGAUAUCUUGGCUGGUAAAAAUAAAGACGGGAAAAUCGCCGGUUCCAUUUAUGUCAAUGGUAAUGUCGUUGAUCCUAAAUACUAUAAAGAAAUUGUUGGGUUUGUUGACCAGGAAGAUCACUUGAUCCCAACAUUAACUGUUUACGAAACGGUAUUGAAUAGUGCAUUAUUGAGACUCCCGAGAAGUAUGACGUUUGAACAGAAACAAACUAGGGUGGUGGAAGUACUUAAUGAAUUGAGAAUAUUGGGCAUUAAGGACAGAGUCAUUGGGUCAAAUUUCAAAAGAGGAAUCUCUGGUGGAGAAAAGAGAAGAGUUUCAAUUGCGUGCGAAUUGGUUACUUCUCCCUCCAUUUUGUUCUUGGAUGAACCUACUUCAGGAUUAGAUUCAUAUAAUGCAAGAAACGUUGUGGAAUGUUUAGUCAAAUUAUCCAGAGAUUACGAUAGAACGAUUGUUUUCACUAUCCAUCAACCUAGAAGUAACAUUGUAUCAUUAUUUGAUAAAUUAUUAUUGUUGAGUGAUGGAGAUUUGAUAUUUUCCGGGGAGAUGAUUAAAGCUAAUGAUUUUUUUACCAAGAAUGGAUACAAGUGUCCAUUAGGUUACAACAUUGCUGAUUAUUUGAUUGAUAUAACCGUUGAUCAUAACAAAAUAAUAAAAGUAUCCAAUGCCGAUGCAGCUGUUGUGGCUGCUGCGUCCUCGACCGAUUUCCAUGACGAAUCAGACAUACAUGCCCAAUUUGUAGCACAAAGAAGUCCCAGCCAGGAGGAUACUACAAGAGAAUGGGAACACUUUGCUGUGCAUCGUGACGAAUACAAUACCGAUAUUAUUGGCCGUCGUAGGACGGCUUCGGGAGAAGAAGAAACUUUACUAAGAUUGAGGAAUAAAUUACACACAUUGUUUGUGGAAUCCCCAUUAGCUGGAGAGUUGAAGCACGAAAUAAAAGAAGGUAAAAAUCAUCCCAAACUGCUAGAUUUGAAACCGCGCGAUUUUAAAAAGGCAACCUUUUUUGGACAAGCUGGUAUACUUGCAUCAAGGACUUUUAAAAACCUUUACAGAAAUCCAAGAUUGCUAUUAGCUCACUAUUUAUUAUCUAUGCUUGUUGGGUUAUUCACUGGUUAUCUCUAUUAUGAUGUGAAGAAUGAUAUUAGUGGAUUCCAAAAUAGAUUAGGAUUUUUUUUCUUCCUUUUGGCAUUUUUCGGGUUUUCAUCGUUGACUGGAUUACAUUCAUUUGCAACUGAAAGGAUUAUAUUUGUUCGAGAACGUGCUAAUAAUUAUUAUAGCCCCUUGGCCUAUUAUGUCAGUAAAAUAUUUUGCGAUAUUAUCCCCUUGAGAGUAUUACCGCCCAUUUUGUUGAUUAGCAUUGCUUACCCGAUGGUUGGUUUAUCAAUGCAGCAUAACGCAUUUUUGAAAUCGAUCCUCGUGUUGGUGUUUUUCAAUGUUGCUGUUGCCGUGGAGAUGUUGAUUGUUGGAAUCUUGGUUAAAGAGCCGGGUACAUCUACAAUGAUUGGUGUUUUAUUACUAUUAUUAUCUCUAUUGUUUGCAGGUUUAUUCAUCAAUAGCGAUGAUUUGACAGCUCAAAUCAAAUGGCUUGAGUGGAUUUCGUUGUUCCAUUACGCAUACGAAGCAUUAGCCAUCAAUGAAGUUAAAGAUUUGAUCUUGAGAGAAAAGAAGUAUGGCUUGUCAAUUGAGGUUCCAGGUGCUGUGAUUCUUAGUACUUUUGGUUUCAAUGUUGGUGCUUUCUGGAAAGAUAUCAAUUUGUUGGGUGUUUUGUCAUUGACAUUCUUGGUUUUGGGAUAUCUUUUCCUACACUACUUCACCAUUGAAAAACGAUAA